AUGGCCGCUUCGGUCGAGCCACGGCAGUCGUCGUUCGGCCGCCUCGACGCGCCGGCCACCGCGCCGCCGGCACGCAACGGUUCCUCCAACGGCGGCAUCCGUCGCCGCGCCGACUCGCCGGUGCGCGGCUGCGGGUUCCCCCCGCUCAUUUCGCCGCCGCGGAAGGCCAUCGUCGAGGAAGAGGAGCAGGACGAGGAGGACGAGGAGCCGGAGGAGGACUGGCGGGAGGCGUACGGCUCGCAGCUGCAGCUGGAGGUGGAGCCGUCGACGCGCGACCCGCGGGACGAGGGCACGGCGGACGCCUGGAUCGACCGCAACCCCUCGCUGAUCCGCCUCACCGGCAAGCACCCGCUCAACUGCGAGCCGCCGCUGGCGCGCCUCAUGCACCACGGCUUCAUCACGCCCGCGCCGCUCCACUACGUGCGCAACCACGGCGCCGUGCCAAAGGGCGACUGGGCCACAUGGACGGUCGAGGUGACAGGGCUCGUCCGCCGCCCCGCGCGGCUCACCAUGGACGAGCUGGCCAACGGGUUCGCCGCCGCGGAGGUGCCCGCCACGCUGGUGUGCGCCGGCAACCGCCGCAAGGAGCAGAACAUGGUGCAGCAGACGGUGGGCUUCAACUGGGGCGCGGCGGGGGUGUCCACCUCCGUCUGGCGCGGGGCGCGCCUCCGCGAAGUGCUGCUCCGGUGCGGCAUCAUGUCGCGCAAGGGGCAGGCCCUGAACGUGUGCUUCGAGGGCGCCGAGGACCUCCCCGGCGGCGGCGGCUCCAAGUACGGCACCAGCGUGACCCGGGAGUGGGCGCUCGACCCGUCCCGCGACAUCCUGCUCGCCUACGCGCAGAACGGCGACCCGCUGCUGCCCGACCACGGGUUCCCGGUGCGCGUGCUCAUCCCCGGCUGCAUCGGCGGCCGCAUGGUCAAGUGGCUCCGGCGCAUCGUCGUCACCCCCGCCGAGUCCGACAACUACUACCACUUCAAGGACAACCGGGUGCUGCCGUCGCACGUGGACGCGGAGCUGGCCAACGCGGAGGCGUGGUGGUACCGGCCCGAGUACAUCAUCAACGAGCUCAACACCAACUCGGUGAUCACCACGCCCGGGCACGACGAGAUCCUCCCCAUCAACGCCUUCACCACCCAGCGCGCAUACACCAUGAAAGGAUACGCAUACUCCGGUGGUGGUAAGAAGAUCACACGAGUGGAAGUGACUCUGGACGGCGGCGAGAGCUGGAUGUUGUGCACGCUCGACAUCCCGGAGAAGCCGAACAAGUACGGCCGGUACUGGUGCUGGUGCUUCUGGUCGGUGGAGAUCGAGGUGCUGGACCUCCUUGGGGCCAAGGAGGUGGCGGUGCGCGCGUGGGACCAGACCCACAACACCCAGCCGGAGAAGCUCAUCUGGAACCUCAUGGGCAUGAUGAACAACUGCUGGUUCAAGGUGAAGGUCAACGUGUGCCGCCCCCACAAGGGCGAGAUCGGGCUGGUCUUCGAGCACCCCACGCAGCCGGGGAACCAGACCGGCGGCUGGAUGGCGCGCCAGAAGCACCUCGAGACGGCCGAGGCGGCGGCGCCGGGGCUCAAGCGGAGCACGUCUACUCCGUUCAUGAACACCGUCGCGGACAAGCAGUUCACCAUGUCCGAGGUGCGCAAGCACGGGUCCAAGGAGUCGGCGUGGAUCGUGGUGCACGGCCACGUCUACGACUGCACCGCCUUCCUCAAGGACCACCCCGGCGGUGCCGACAGCAUCCUCAUCAACGCGGGAUCCGACUGCACCGAGGAGUUUGACGCCAUCCACUCCGACAAGGCCAAGGCGCUGCUCGACACGUACCGCAUUGGCGAGCUCAUCACAACGGGGACGGGCUACAACUCUGACAACUCGGUCCACGGCGGGUCCAGCCUCUCCCACCUCGCCCCGAUCCGCGAGGCCACCAAGGUCGCCGGCGCGCCCAUCGCUCUCUCCAGCCCGCGGGAGAAGGUCCCCUGCCGCCUCGUCGACAAGAAGGAGCUCUCCCACGACGUCCGUCUCUUCCGCUUCGCGCUGCCGUCCUCCGACCAGGUGCUCGGCCUCCCCGUCGGCAAGCACAUCUUCGUGUGCGCCACCAUCGACGGCAAGCUCUGCAUGCGCGCCUACACGCCGACGAGCAUGGUCGACGAGAUCGGCCAGUUCGAGCUGCUCGUCAAGGUCUACUUCAAGGACGAGCACCCCAAGUUCCCCAGCGGCGGCCUCAUGACGCAGUACCUGGAGUCGCUCCAGCUCGGCUCCUGCAUCGACGUCAAGGGCCCGCUGGGGCACGUCGAGUACACCGGCCGCGGCAACUUCGUCAUCAACGGCAAGCAGCGGCGGGCGCGCAGGCUGGCCAUGAUCUGCGGCGGCAGCGGGAUCACGCCCAUGUACCAGGUGAUCCAGGCCGUGCUGCGCGACCAGCCGGAGGACGAGACGGAGAUGCACCUGGUGUACGCGAACCGGAGCGAGGACGACAUCCUGCUGCGCGACGAGCUGGACCGGUGGGCGGCGGAGUACCCGGAGAGGCUCAAGGUGUGGUACGUGAUCGACCAGGUGAAGCGGCCGGAGGACGGGUGGAGGUUCAGCGUCGGGUUCGUGACGGAGGACAUCCUGCGGGCGCACGUCCCCGAGGGCGGCGACGACACCCUCGCGCUCGCCUGCGGGCCGCCGCCCAUGAUCAAGUUCGCCAUCUCGCCCAACCUCGAGAAGAUGAAGUACGACAUGGCCAAUUCCUUCAUCUCUUUCUGA